AUGGUGGAGACUGCAGCAGCUGUCUGUCUGUUUGAGGAUAUUCAGUAUGAAGACAUCCAAGUCGAAGCGGUUGUCGGCAGGGGGACGUUUGGAGUGGUCUUCAAAGCUGUGUGGAAAGGCCAAGACGUCGCCAUAAAAACAAUAGAGAGUGAAAAUGAGAAGAACGCCUUUCUUGUUGAGCUUCGACAGCUUUCCAGGGUAAACCAUCCCAACAUUGUGAAGCUCUAUGGCUCCUGUAAUAAUCCUGUGUGCCUGGUGAUGGAAUAUGCAGAAUGUGGCUCUUUACACAAUCUUCUGCACAGUGCCGACCCUCAGCCUCACUACACCGCGGCCCACGCCAUGAGCUGGUGCCUGCAGUGCGCUGAGGGCGUGGCCUAUCUGCACGCCAUGAAGCCCAAAGCUCUGAUCCACCGGGACCUCAAGCCACUCAAUCUCCUGCUUGUGUCUCGUGGAACAGUCUUGAAGAUUUGUGAUUUUGGGACGGCCUGCGACAUUCAGACUUACAUGACCAACAAUAAAGGCAGUGCAGCUUGGAUGGCGCCAGAGGUUUUUGAAGGCAGUAACUACAGUGAGAAGUGUGACGUGUUCAGCUGGGGCAUCAUUCUGUGGGAAGCUCUCUCCAGAAAGAAACCCUUCGAUGAGGUCGGAGGGUCUGCCUUUUGCAUCAUGUGGGCAGUUCACAGAGGCACUCGGCCUCCUCUCAUAAAGGACCUGCCAGAGCCCAUUGAGUCUCUGAUGACCCGCUGCUGGGACAAAGAGCCGAGCCUCAGACCCUCCAUGGAGGAGGUCCGCAGCACCAUGAGCAGCCUCAUGAAGUAUUUCCCCGGCUCUGAAGAACCUCUCAAGCUCCCGCAUCAUUCAUCUGGAAACAGAAGUGGCUCUUCAUCAGCCACAAGCACAGGUUCUUACGCCGACUGCACCAUCAGCAGCAACAGAAGCGACGACACCGGGGACUACAGGACAUCAGGAGGCCGAGAGGAGACUCUGAAAAGCUUUGAAAACAAAUUCCCACUACAGUUCUGGCCCUCAAAGGCCACGACCAUUCGCACCAGCCUGUCUCGCGUCUCCAGCGUGGACAGUCAGCGCUCCCAAAGCCCCACCCACUGCAGCAGCCCUGCAGCCACCUCCAGCCAAUCAGAGAUCCGCAUGUCCAUCAGCCCCCCAGCUACAAAUGGUUUGGACACCGCCAUGGCCCAUCUGAAGCUAGAUAUUCAGUUGCAGCCUCUGACCCCUUGUCCAAACUCCAAAGAGUCUAUGGCCAUCUAUGAGCAGCACCAGAGGAUGGUCCAGGAGUAUCUGAAAAUUCAAGCUGAGAUCACUCACUUUGUCCGGAAAAAACAGGAGCUGUCGUUGGAGCUGGAGCAGGAGCAGAGGGAGCAGCAGACCUCCUCUCACCUCAUCCAGGAGCACAGCAAACUGAAGGAGGACCACAGCAGCCUCUCGUCCUACCACCAGGGCCUGAAGAGCAAGCUGCGGCUGAUCCAGAGCCAGCAGGACAGCUAG